AUGGAAUCACCUAACAGUACGUAUCUCACUAUAGAUUUUCACUACAACAACAUGUUUGCACCAAACCCGUUAGUGUACUUAGACCCUAUGAGAAUUACUCAUGAAAGAUUGCUAGAGGGUAUUAGAAGAAUCGACAACGAUGAUAAUUAUUUUGAGUUUAUUGAAGAUGCUUACAUGGCUAAGAACGAGCUAAGGAUGAAUGUGUACAUUAACCACCAAAACAAACCUAUUCUUGAUUGGGUCGAUAAGGAGAUAUUAACAGGGGUGCAUAUGUUUGACAAAGCAGUUGAUGAUGAAUUUUUGAACAAGUUGUGUGGUAAACCCAUUCUUAAUAGUAAUCAAGAAGAAGUAAAUGAUGAUGCUGCUGAUGAUGAUGAUGAAGUUAGUGAUGAAGAUGAUGAGGUUAUGUUCCCUAUCUUUGAUGAGAAUCAAGAAUGGGAUAAAAUGGUCCCAGUUUUAGGUAUGAAGUUUUCCAACCCUCUUGAAUUGAAGUUGUGUCUAACCAACUAUGCCGUCAAGAAUGGGUAUUAUUUAUGGUUUGAAAAAAAAUGA